UCUUCCGGUUGACACAAUGGCUAAUGAACGGUAGACAGCUGGUCCGCGAGUCGCAACGCCUCCGAAAGCAGGCUGGCUUCCUCCUGAUCGCUGGCCUUGGCGGAGACGAGGGCGAUGUUGGCGGACGUGGCGCUGCUCGUGUUCUGGGCGCUUGCGGAGCUGUGCGGCGGCGGCACGACGGUCAAAGCGGGAUCAUCGUCGCCCUUCAGCGAUGAGAUCCCGUUCAAAAUCAAGUGGCCGGGAGCCCAUUUCUCACUGCCAGCAUCGGGGGCGCUUUACAAAGAGGAUGACUUUGUCAUCAUGACCACCACGGACAAGGAGCAGUACAAGUGUCUGCUGCCUUCCUUCUCCGACGGAGACGAGAGUGAAGAGAAGGAGUAUGGUGGGCCGAGCCCACGUGCUCUGCUGGAGCCGCUUUUCAAACAGAGCAGCUGCUCCUACAGGAUCGAGUCUUACUGGACAUACGAGGUAUGUCACGGGAAGCAUGUGAGACAGUACCAUGAAGAGAAAGAGACGGGUCAGAAGAUAAACAUCCAGGAGUACUACCUUGGAAGUUUUGUCACAAAGACUGAAUCAGAAGCUGAAAUGGAAAGUGACUCUGAGAGCACAGAAAAUGAGCAGGUGCCUACCAAAAAUGUGGAGGGCCAGCUGACACCAUACUACCCAGUGGAGAUGGGCAAUGGGACACCCUGCGUUCUCAAGCAUAACAAGCCGCGUUCCACCUCUGUCCUGUACGUGUGCCACCCCGAGGCCAAGCACGAGAUCCUGUCCAUCGCUGAGGUGACCACGUGCGAGUACGAGGUGGUGGUGCUGACACCGCUGCUCUGCAGCCAUCCCAAAUACAGGUUCAAGACUUCCCCAGUGAACAACAUCUUCUGCCAGGCUCUGGGUGGCUCGCCGUUUCAGCCGCAGCGCCUCACCCAGUUGGAGAAAGAGCAGGAGGAGCUGGUGAAACCACCUUUCAGUGCACCGCCGGAGCGGGAGGAGGAAAUGUCUCCCAUAAGAGAGGAGGUGCUGUCCACCACUCACAAACCCUUGACAGUAGGUGGCCAAUCCCAGAUUGCUGUGGGAACGACCCAUAUCUCCCGCCUGACGGAUGAGCAGCUGAUCAAGGAGUUCCUCAGCGGCUCAUACUGCCUGCACGGGGGAGUGGGCUGGUGGAAGUACGAGUUCUGUUACGGGAAGCAUGUCCAUCAGUACCACGAGGACAAAGAGCAUGGGAAGAACAUCGUGGUUGUUGGCACCUGGAACUCCGAAGCCCAUCUAGAGUGGGCGCAGAAGAAUGUGGCUCGGUCCUUUGCGCUUAAGGAUGAUGGAGUGCAGAAAGUCAAGUUGGUGUCCCAUUUCUACGGCCAGGGGGAUGUAUGCGACCUGACCGGCAAACCGAGACAGGUCAUCGUCAAGCUCAAGUGCAAAGAGUCUGAUUCUCCGCAUGCUGUCACUGUUUAUAUGCUGGAGCCACAGACCUGCCAGUACAUCCUGGGGGUGGAGUCCCCAGUCAUCUGCAAGGUUCUGGACACUGCUGAUGAUAAUGGCCUGCUAUCUGUUCCCAGCUAAGCAGAAGGAGGAAAAGGAGGGUAUGGCGAUCAAGAGGGGAAAAGGAGUCUGGCUGCGCUCAAACGAGCGGGCGUCUCUCCUCUCGUGCACUUCUAUGGGGAGAAGAAUGGAGUCAGUGGGCUCUUCCAUGUCCACCCUGCUUGCCACACAAUCCAGGUCUCCCCACUCAGUGUCUUAAGGCCUCUCUUUGACACCACCACUACUUUGUGUACUGAAUUCAACUGUUGGACAAAAAGAGCGCAGGAAAAAUACUUCUUAGUCCCACCUUGAGAGGUGAACACUGAAGGCAAAGUGCUGCUUUUGCCUGAACUGCUAAGGAAAAAACAAAUUAGUCCUGUCAUUUUACAAAGCCAAAUAUGGAUGAUUCCUUGGAUUCUGUGACCACUCUGGACUGAUGUCAUUCAGACAGAAAACUCACUAAGCAACGGAAGCUUAGUGUCAAUGAAACCAUCAAUAAUUGUUUGCCAUUUUGUAUUUUUUUUAAACAUUUCUGUAUUUAUUUUAAUAAGCUGGACUGCUUAGGUGCGUGUUUGGGCUUUGGCAUUUUUCCCCCCUAGCUUCAGAAGAGAAUAAUUCGGAGCAGUUAAUUGCUAAAUUAACAGAGUAAAUAACUAUACCUUUGUUUGAUGCUGUAGAACUGUGUGAAAUUGACAUAUCCAUGAAUUUAAGAUGGAAGUGAAAUAUGAGGAGGGGAGAUAACUGGUGGCAGUUUAGUUGUAUUUGUUUUUACUGAUGAGGCUGAACAAACUUGGUUUGUUUGCUGGUAAUCUGUGACCCACAGAUGUUCUGUGGUAUUUCUGCUGCACUAAUAAAAUUUGUACAAAUGU